GCAGCAUACCUAAAUUGCUAGAAAGGACAUUUUGCUAUUGAAUGAAUUAUUUUUAGGGAAACUGAAUAAGCCUAUCACGUGGAUGGUAUUUGGUCGUUAUGAUGUCAAUUUAUCAGUCUCGUGCUUUAUAGUGUCUUUAUGGGCAAAGGAUUUAUGGCAGUUCCGAUCAAAUUUCGUCUAGUUAUGUCUUGCAAGUCAAUACCCACAGAUUUUGAAAGUAGUGUACUGUCAGCGGUGGAGUGAGCAACUCGUUAGCUGGCUAGUCAGUUAAGCUGUAAAUGUUAUCUUAAAAGUACACAUACGGAUACGGUCGUAAAUAUGAAACGUGUGGGGUCUUUAUUAGUUUUUGUAUUAUGGGCUUUCAUUUUCUGGCCGAACGUAGAAAGUAGGGAUGGAUACUCGUAUGCAGAUUGCACGUAUGUGAAAGAAAAUGAAGACACAAUCCAGUAUGGACGUCGAUGUUUUUGUUAUAACUCUGGUCGAGGGAUAAAAUGGAAAGACAUAUGGUCCACGUUUCAGGUCCGUGUUACAGACAACAAUAAUGAUGUCGAAGUUGUGUACCCAAUGGAGAAGAGGGAUUGUCGCGACCCCGACGACCUCCUCACUGCAGCCAAGUGCACCGUGGAGUACUACUGGCCGGCCUCCGUGGAGCACGGCAAGACCCUGGACAUACCGCUGGUGGAGGAGGACGUCUGCUUCAUGGUCAAGAGCCCUAGAGCCAGCACCGAGUACACACUCCACGUGUCUGGGAAAAGACUGAAUAAGAUGCGGUUUGCUCUCUUCAUCGGUGGAUUGCUCUUGUACUACUUGUCUGGAAGCAUUUGCAGGAGCUCUGUCUUCUAUUACACUACUGGAGUUACGUUUGGCAUCAUCUCCAUUCUGUUGUUGCUGCUUUUCGUCAUGAAAAACUUCAUUCCAAAAAGAGGUGUCUUCCUAGCGUUUUUUGGUGCUGGCACGGGUGUUUCUUACCUGGGCUUUCAGAAGGUGAUGGUGGCGUGGGAGGACAUCACGAAGGACUACUGGCGAGAGAUGCUGGGCUACCUGGCUGUGACAGGCUUCAUCAGCUUUGCGCUGUGCUACAAGCGCGGCCCCAUCACCUGCGAGCGAACUCUGAGCCUGAUGACCUGGUGCGUGCAGGGCGCCGCCCUGACCAUGCUGUGGGCGGGCAUCUCCUUCCCACCGGCGGCCUACACCCUGAUGGGGGCGCUCAUGGGCCUCAAGCUGCUGCCAGUGGUGGCUGCCAUUCUGUUCGGCAUCUGCGGGUUGAUUUGGAGACUCCUCUGCUCUUUCCUGGGCCUGUUCCGGCGCCGGCGCCGACCAGUGACCCGGUUCCUGACGGAGGAGGAGUACCGAGAACAAGGGGAGAUCCACACUCGUACCUCCCUAGAACAACUGAGGGAAUCCUGCAGAACCCCAGGGUUCCCCGCCUGGGACACGGUUCUCAAGCUCACCAAUCCACAGAGGUUUGCGGACUUCCUGCGCAGCGGUUCCCACGUGAACGCGUCAGAGCAGGAUAAGCACGAGCGGCACUACGGCGUGGGCGGAGCCUACUACGAGAACGUGUUCUUCAGCGGGAAUCGCGGCUGGGGCUCGCUCCAUGGCGACGGCGAUGGCCUGAACGGCGGCGGCGGCGGCGGUGGAGACGACUUCAGCGAGGACGAGUCGGAGCCGUACAUCCAGGCGCCCCCCAACCCCAUCCCCAUCCCCACCCCGAGCCCCACCCUGCCCCCCUCCCCCCUGUCCGUCUUCCCCGUAUACACACCCCCACCUCCACCCUCCCCCGCUCCAUUCUGCCCCUACCCCCCUGCCCCGGCCCCCGCCCUCUACCCCCCACUCCCCAUGGAGGUGGAGGAAGAGGAGGAAGACCUCUUCUGAGCUGUGCGAGGUGGUGCCAGUGGUGUGGACGCUGACUGGACCUCUCGGGGAUACCUCACUGCUGGCAACUGCCCGCCCAAAGCCAUGGCCAUUAGACUGUGUAGAUUAACUGGAAAAGGACCCUCGGAGUGCACUGACUCACUAACAGUGGACGGCCCCCUGCGCGUUUCAGGGAAGGCUGGAUAGAGAGGACUCUGUAAUCGCAGCGAUCUCUGUGAAUGUUGAAUGAUUAGCUGUUGUGUGUGUGUUUUUUGUUAUUUUUUUUAAAAUUUCUUUUCCCCAAAAAUAUGCGUAAUUUUCAUAUGCGGAAUUUUGAGCGAUUGUUUUUUUGGGGGGGGGGGGGUAGUUGUUUUGUUAUUUAGUUUUUCCUCUCUUCAUUUAAUUUUAAAACCAUGCCACCCACUCCAAACAUAUCCAAGCCUAACCGUGGCUGCAGGGCGGCGGUUUCUCGCCACAUCGCAAGAAAUUAGCGCGAUGACACUGAAACGAGUGUUUACUGCUCUCAGGUGGAUCGUAUCCAUCAUUAGCGCAGCUUCUCGUGUCGUCUCUCGUCUCCUACUCCAGGCGCCUGUGGCAAAGCAGACGAGUCCUCUGAUCGCAUAAUGAAGUGUGCAGCAGUGUGCCGGUGCUUAGAGUCCAGGAGGCUGCUGCCCUCUAGUGGCUGUCUGUGUAAUAGCCACUCUCAGGGACUGCCACAGUUGUAACUGGAUGUAUUUUAAACUGUUUUGUUAUGUCUGUGCCUCUCUUGGCAGUUCUUCUUCAUAGACCUGUGCCACACAUUGUAAAAAAAAGGUGUGUUUGUAAUAUUUUUUUAAUUUUAAUAUUACUUUUUUUUAAUAGUCCUUUCUCAUGUGAAAAAAUCUUUUAUAGCUGAUGUUUAUAUAAAGAACCACUUGAUAAAUCCACUUCUUAGUCAGCAGUCGGUUAUCUCACAGAAUAUUUCUUUUACUUUUUAAAUAAAUACAACCUUAUUUUAUUGUA